AUGGAACACAUUGAUGGCAGCUAUAGGUUCUGCUGGAUUGGCCCGCGGCAAGUUGGGUCCGUCAGUGCAGCACUGGAUCCUUGGUGCAUUGCCCAGCCACAGACGGCCCAAGACGUCUCGGCUAUUUUGACAGUCUUGAUUGAUAAUAGCUGCCCCUUUGGAGUUCGUGGAGGUGGUCAUGGGUCGUGGCACGGAUCUAACAGCGUAUCGCAAGGUGUGACCAUUGAUUUUGGGUUCAUGAACACGACAACCUACAACUCCACUAGCAAUAUCGUAUCCGUCGCGCCGGCUGGUGCGCUGGCCGGCACUGUCGGAGCCGGUGGCUUCCUUUUGGAGGAUGGCGAUUCCUUCCACUCAGCUUCCCACGGCAUGAGCUGCGACAGAAUUCAGAAUUUUGAGUUCGUGCUUGCCAACGGGUCGAUCAUGAACGCAAAUGUAGAUGACAACCCAGAUCUGUGGUUGGCGCUCAAGGGUGGGUCAGCAAAUUUCGGGUUGAUCACCCGCUUCGCCAUCGAGUCCCCAAACACCUCGGAUCCGGUCAUUUGGGGCGGUUUACUCGAGUAUGAGCUCGCACUUGGUGACGCUGUUCUGGAUGCGAUGGUGACGUUCAAUGACAAUGUUCCCGACGACCAGAAUACCUUGUCGAUCGUUUACUGGGCAUACACCUCGACUGCUGGCGGCAUGGUCCCCGACGUCGCCCUAGAGAACACGCUCGCGGAGGCAAGCCCUGCAGCGACGGACGUGUAUCUCAACAUUAGCGGCAUCACAUCCAAUACGCUGCGCAAGGUCGACUUGACCACCAUCACCCAUUAUCUGGGCGCUGGCGAACCGCCUGGGUAUUGUGAUUUCUGGUACACGCUCCUGCUGCCAAAUAGCGCAGAGGUGAUGAAGUACGCGGCGAAGGCGCACGAGAACGCCGUCAAGGAGCUGGCGAUGGCCAUGACGGCUGCUGCCAGCGAGUUCUGUACAUUCUGCAUGUUUCAGCCCCUGAACAACCUGAUUGUGCAACACGGAGCCGACAAGGGCGGCAACGUCCUGGGCCUCGACGCCACACUUGACGGAGCGAAUGAGGUGCUGUUCUUGGCAACGCUGGCUGUGAAAGGAGAGGGCAAAGAGGCGGGAGGCCCAGCCCAUAAUGCAGAACUGGAUGGACUUGGUGGCCACGACCCGUUGAGCUCGGCUGGACCUGAGGCCAUUGCGAAGAUGUGGACUGCGUCUGCGAAGUACGACCCUGGUGGGGUGUUUCAAAGCCUGGGGACCACAGGCUUCAAGAUUCUAAACAUGAUGUAUGAUUGA